AAGCGGCGCGGCUACUUCAAGAUGGCGGAGAUGGAGCAGCUGUUGGACGAGAGCUCCUCUGCAGAGGCACUUGUCAGUCUAAAAGAAGGAAGUUUGUCCAACAGUCUGAAUGAAAAGAACAUCUUCCCGAGAGCUCACAACACCAGGGGACGCCAGUCCACCCUCACCAUGGAAACGCCCACCCGAGGCUCAAAGAGGAGUCGCUACGAGGAUGAUCAUCCACCGCAGCGUCUCCCUUCCAGAUCACCACGAAGGAGCCAAAGGGUCAACACCACACCACAGAAAUUUUCCAAUGUGGUGACACCUGAUAGGAAGUCAUCGCAGAGAAUCGGCUUGAGAUUAAGAAACCUCCUCAAGCUGCCCAAAGCUCACAAGUGGUGCAUCUAUGAAUGGUUUUAUUCCAAUAUUGACAGGCCUCUUUUCGAGGGCGACAAUGAAUUCUGUUUGUGUCUGAAGGAGUCUUUCCCCAACUUGAAAACCAGGAAGUUGACUCGAGUGGAGUGGGGGACCAUCCGGAGACUGAUGGGGAAACCCAGACGGUGCUCGUCGGCGUUCUUUGCUGAGGAGCGGACGGCGCUUGGGCACAAGCGACAGAAGAUGCGCCUGCUGCAGCACAGAAAACUGUCCGACGUGUCGAACUGCAAAGACCUCCCUGAAGAAAUCCCACUUCCUCUCAUCAUAGGAACCAAAGUCACUGCUCGACUGCGAGGCGUGCACGACGGCUUGUUCACCGGGCAGAUCGACGCGGUGGACACCGGCGCCGCCACUUACCGCGUCACCUUUGACCGCAGCGGCCUGGGAACACACAACGUGCCUGACUAUGAAGUUCUGAGCAACGAGCCCAAUGAGACGAUGCCCAUUUCAGCCUUCGCCCAGAGGCACCGGACGACGCGCUACAUGCAAAACCUCAUGACUCCACCUCGAGGUCCCUACCCGUCCGCCACUACUCCCGUCCUUAUGGAUCAUGACCCUCUGAUCAAUCAGUCACCAUGGAGGAACAAACUGCCCGGUGCAGACGGAGACACCCUGGGAGGGUUUCCUGUCAAGUUCCUGGUCCAAGUGACAAGGUUGUCCAAGAUCCUGAUGAUCAAGAAAGACCACAUUAAGCACUUGAAAGAAAUGAACACCGAAGCGGAGAAGAUGAAGUCAUAUGCCUUGCCCAUUGAACUGGACUUCCAGAAACGCUACGCGACCACCGUGCUUGAGCUGGAGCAGCUCAAUAAAGAUCUCAAAAAAGUCCUACACGAAGUGCAGCAGUUCUGUUGCGAGCUCUCUACCGAUCAGGGCACGCUUCCCGCCGACCACCCGGCGGACCUGCGGCGGCACUGCGAGGACGAGGCCCAGCAGAUGGUGCAGCUGAGCGACUCGUCCAAGGACGACCUGCAGAGCGUGACCAACGGCAGCCUCACACACCUCGUCUCCCGUCUGACGGCUCUGCUGCUGCAGAUCAAGUGUCUGGCAGACGGAGGAGACCCGAAUUCAUUUGAAUUCAAAUCUCUAACAGAGUCCCUCAACGACAUCAAAGCAUCCAUCGAUCCCUCCAACCUCAGUUGCUUCCAGAACAACGUCGAGAUCCACGUGGCGCACAUCCAGAGCGGCCUGAGCCAGCUGGGCAACUUGCACGCGUUCGCGGCCAACAACACCAACGCGGUGUGAGGGCUCGCUCUCCACAGCCAGGUGCACGCACUAACGCUAGCGCACGCGUACACCGCUAUUAGCUCAGUGGAAGGACGCCCGGAACCUUCAUUGUUCUCACCCUCCAGUUUUAUCGUACGGAAACAUUGGUUCACAAUUGAAAGUCUUUUGCCUACAAAAUUCUCCAUGUUGUUCAUCGGCUUCUCAUGCCAAAAUGGGAUUCGUAGAAUUGUUAUGUAUUUAUUUAUUUCAGAAACCAUGUUCUAGUCAGUGAGGCUUUCUUCCUAGCGCUGGUUAAAAAAAUGUUUUAUAAAGUUGUAGAUAAUUGUACAUUAUCGGAAAUUAUUUCUACUGUUGACUUUUUGUAUUUUUUCUGUGCAGUCAGAGACUAUGGUAUUUUUUUAAAAGGAGAAUUCUUCAACGGGGAGUGUUAAAAACGCCUUUUGGUCCUGGGGUAAAAACACCUGAUAUUUGCAUUUCUGCAAUUGUUGCUGCAACUGUUCUAAAUAUGAACACGCCCUGUGUAUAUGUGUUUGUCUUUUUUAUAUUAAAAAUAUUGCCAAGA